GUGGAAAAAGUGGGCAAGUCAUUCAUGAGCAUCAAGGAAGAUUCGUUACCCUCGGUCUGAAUUUUUGUUUGGAAAAGCACAAGGUAGUUCCCUUUCAGACCAAUUAUUCACGGUCACAGCUCUUGCGUGUGCUGGAAGCAGAUUGCAUGUGUUCUCCCUGCUCCAUGCUCCUGGCUUGACCGAGAGGGCAAGAAGAAACAAUGGUGACAACACACACAAAGACUGGGGUGCUCAUGCCCUUCAAUUGCUAAAGCCCAGUUACUGCCCCUUUCUCUUCCCCCAGCCCCUUAGUUUCCUUUUGCUGUGAUCCUGACAUUUGGGGUUGUUUUCUGUUGUGGGUUUUUUUUCCCCACCCUGAUGAGGGCACCACUGCAGACCAUGAUGUGCCUGGGGUUGUGGGCAGCUGCCCUGCUCUGCUUGUUUUCCCCUGGCACUGUGCGAGGUGAUUGCUGGCUGAUUGAGGGGGACAAAGGUUAUGUGUGGCUGGCCAUCUGCAGCCAGAACCAGCCCCCAUAUGAGACCAUCCCCCAGCACAUCAACAGCACGGUGCACGACUUGCGUCUGAACGAGAAUAAGCUCAAAGUGGUGCUGUACUCAUCCCUCAACCGCUUCGGCAACCUGACUGAUCUGAACCUGACUAAGAAUGAGAUCUCUUACAUUGAGGAUGGGGCUUUCAUGGGCCAGUCGAACCUCCAGGUCUUGCAGCUGGGCUACAAUAAACUCACCAACCUGACAGAAGGUAUGUUGCGGGGCAUGGCGCGUCUCCAGUUCCUCUUUGUGCAGCACAACCUUAUUGAGCUAGUCACCCCUACUGCCUUCUCUGAGUGCCCCAGCUUGAUUAGCAUUGACCUGUCAUCUAACCGUCUGAGCCGACUGGAGGGGAACACUUUCACCAGCUUGAGCAAUUUGAUGGUGUGCGAGCUGGCUGGCAACCCCUUCAACUGCGACUGUAGCCUCUACAGCUUUCUUAACUGGCUGGCGGUCUUCAACAAUGUCACCAAGAACUAUGACCGGCUCCAGUGUGAGAGUCCACGGGAGUUUGCUGGGUACCCGCUCCUGGUGCCUAGGCCUCACCACAACCGCAACGCCAUCACCAUCUUCCAGUCCAUGUGCAGAGGUGGCACCAUUCCCUCCCUCUCCAGGGUCAACCCCACCCCUUAUACCCCUGACUCCCAGCGAGACCUGGAUGAGGGCUCAGCCAUCAGCCCUGGGGACUUCCUCUCAGUCAAGCCUCCAGCUUCCUCCACCACUGACUCCUCCUUCAGUCCCAGCAUCAAGCUCCAUGAUGUCACCAUCACCUCAGCUAUCUUGAUGGUAACCAUCCCCAUGCCCUACAGUAAGAUGUAUGUGCUGGUCCAAUACAACAACAGCUACGUUUCUGACAUAGCAACACUGAAGAGCAAGAAGGAAUAUGUCACUGUCAACAAGUUGAAGGCCCACACUGAUUAUACUUUCUGUGUGGCCUCCAUCCGCAACAACAGGCGCUACAACCACACUUGCCUGACCUUUGCAACCCGAAGUAAAGGCAGGGAGGACCCUAUUUCGAGUACUUCCACCACCACCCACUAUAUUAUGACCACCCUGGGUUGCCUUUUUGGGAUGGUCAUUGUCCUGGGGGUGGUGUACUACUGCCUGCGGAAGCGGAGGAUGCAGGAGGAGAAACAGAAAUCCCUCAAUGUCAAAAAGACCAUUCUGGAAAUGCGUUAUGGAUCAGAUAUUGAUACUAGUACCAUGGUCCAUCCUUCCCAGAAGCUGGGUGAGCCACCAGUCAUCCCUGUCUCACGGAUGUCUUCCAUCCCUUCCAUGAUUGGGGAGAAGUUGCCCCCAUCAAAGUCAAUAGACACUGGGAUGGAGACUCCUAAAGUCACCACUAAAGGUAACUACAUUGAGGUGAGGACUGGUGGUGGGGAUGGGCUGGAGAGAACACAGCGGGAUGAGGACCUGAGGGAGCUUGAUAAUGGGCAAGGCUCAGCUGCUGAGAUCUCUACUAUAGCAAAGGAGGUAGACAAGGUCAACCAGAUCAUCAACAACUGCAUUGAUGCCCUCAAGUUGGACACAGCCUCCUUCCUGGGUGGUGGAACUGGUGUUGACUCAGACAUGGCCUUUGAGUGCCAGUCCAUCCCAGCCAGUUCCUCGGGUGGGCUAGAGCGGCCUAGCUUUCUUUCCCCACCCUACAAGGAAAGCUCCCACCACCCUUUGCAGCGCCAGCUCAGUGCUGAUGCUGCCGUGGCCAGAAAGACCUGCAGCGUCUCCUCUAGUGGCUCCAUCAAGAGCGCCAAGGUCUUCAGCUUGGAUGUGCCUGACCACCCACCACUCAGCAAGUCUGACUCCAAAUACAUUGAGAAGGGCAGUCCACUCAACAGCCCUUUGGAUCGUCUUCCCUUGGUGUCCCCAGGCGCCAUCCACCACUUGGAGGUCAAGCCUUCUUACCAUUGCAGUGAGCACCGUCACUCCUUCCCGGCCCUGUACUAUGAGGAAAGUGCUGACACCUUGAGCCAGAGGGUGUCAUUCCUCAAGCCACUCUCCCGGUCCAAGCGAGACUCCACGUACUCCCAGCUCUCCCCCAGACACUACUUCUCAGGCUACUCCUCCAGCCCUGAGUACUCAUCAGAGAGCACCCACAAGAUCUGGGAGCGAUUCCGGCCUUACAAGAAGCACCACAGGGAGGAGGUUUACAUGGCAGCUGGGCAUGCCCUGCGGAAGAAAGUUCAGUUUGCCAAGGAUGAGGAUCUGCAUGACAUCCUGGAUUACUGGAAAGGAGUCUCUGCUCAGCAGAAGCUGUGACUCUCCCUUGCUCUUUCCAAGGAAACGAUACAAAACAAGACCCCCACCCCCAAACAACCAGAAAAAAAAAAAAAAAAAGCCACUUGACUGUGAAAAAUAAACCACCAACAAAAUACUCCUGAAAAUACAAAACUGACAAAAUUGUUUCUUAAAGUUUACAAUAGCAGCAGAAAACUCUCACACACACUGACUCACACAGACACACACACAAGCCGAAUUGUCUCUACUGUGUUACGGGGACCAUUGUUCUGCUUGCGAUGGUUGGGAAGAGCGUCCUGCUCUGACACUGUGGUAACAACACUGGAGUGCGGGUGGGUGGGAAUGGCCCAGGAUGGGGUGGCAGUGGUGGCAAUGGAAGGGCAGGGAUGGACACUCACUGGGCAUGAAACUCAGCUGUGAACUAUUGCUCUUUCUGUUCCUAUUGAGGGAUGGUUUUUCUUUUGUGUGGGAGGAAGGGAUUUGGUUUAGAAAGCUUCUCUGCCUUCCUGAUACACUUGCUUUUCCAAAUCUUCCAUCACUAAUUUUUCCCUCAUUUC